CUAGUAUUAGUAUUUCCGGUUCAGAUCAAAAUGGAAGGAAAUCGAGAUGAAAGUGAGCGGUGUUUUCAUCUCGCAAACAAGUAUUUAUCGGUUGGAGAUCUUGAAAAGGCAAAGAAAUUUCUUCACAAAGCAGAGAGGUUAUUUCCAACACAAAAGGCAAAAGAUUUGUUAGAGAGGAUCGAGUCAAUGUCUGAGGAUGAAUCUACACAAGAUAACAAAGAAAACAAAGAACCUCAGAAAGAUGGAGUACGGCACAGGCGGGGCAGCUUUGGGAGGGACAAGACAGAAGGAGCUGUUGCAAAAGACUACACUGAGGAACAACUGAUUUUGGUUCGCAAGAUUAAGAAAUGUAAGGAUUAUUAUGAAAUUCUUGGAGUAGAGAAAACUGCAACAGAAAUAGAGCUGAAAAAGUCCUACAGAAGAUUAGCACUACAAAUGCACCCAGACAAGAAUAAGGCCCCAGGAGCAACAGAAGCUUUUAAAGCCAUUGGGAAUGCCUUUGCUGUUCUGAGUGAUGAAAGUAAGCGCAGGCGAUAUGAUGCAUACGGUCCCGAAAUGGAGGAGACCAAUCACAGACGACAUACCUACAGAAAUGAGUUUGAAGGUGACAUCUCCCCAGAGGAACUCUUCAACAUGUUCUUUGGAGGAGGAUUCCCCUCUAAUAACGUUUACACACACCACACACACAGAACACGACAACAUCGUCAUCACCACAGUCGCGAGCAUGUGUCUAAUGAUUCUGGCUUCACAUUGUUGCUGCAGCUGUCCCCCAUUCUACUUCUAGUCUUUCUUUCUCUGUUGUCCAGUUGGUUUGUUAGUGACCCAGUAUACAGCCUUCAUCGAUCAGGGAAAUAUGAUACAGAGAAAACAACGUCAAAUUUAGGUGUGAAAUAUUAUGUGAAGAAUGACUUUAAGGUGGACUUUAAAGGUGAUUUACGGAGGAUAGAGAGAAAUGUAGAGGAAGAAUAUAUAUCUAAUCUAAGGCAGAAUUGCUGGAGAGAAAGAACAUAUAAAGAAAACUUAUUAUGGAGAGCUAGAAAUCAUGCUGAUGCAAGAUUAUAUGAAAAAGCCCAGAACCACCCUACACCCUCUUGUGAUAGACUUCAGUCUAUAUAUGCAUAGGUAAACCCCAAACUCUCCAAUGUACAGAGUAUAAUUGUGAUCUUUGGGAAGUUUUACUUUAUGUGAAAUUUGAGUCUCUCUUAGCCAGGAUGGGAGACAUUCUUUUAACGAGUGUUGAUUAAUUUCCAGUGCACACCAAAAAAUUCCCUUUUUAUCCAGGAAGUGCAUGAUUCAUUUGUGGAAUUCUUAUCAAUGGACUCGAAUGCUGUGCAUUCUCGUUAAACUAACAUGGAAAGUGUGAUGUAUUGUCAUUGAAGUACAUGUUUUAAAUUGCAAGUUAAAUAUGUGUAUUUAAUCAUUUGUAAGAAAGUGCUGACUGAAUAUUAUGCUUUAUGGAAACAAUUUUGUAAAGGUUUUAAUUUGUGUGUUCUGGUUAAUUAUAUAAGAGUAUAUCAUAGGUCAAUAAUCCAAAUCAAAUUUUUCUUUAAGCUUUUUUUUACUUUAAACAGAGAAUUAUACUUAUAGGAUAACUAUUUGAAAACAUCAGAUUUGGGCUCCAAAGUAUUUGCAUUUUUAAUGAGAACUGCUUUUGCAUUUUAGUGAAUUCUUUAGAAUCAACUUUUCCUAUCCAAAUGGUCUUGGAGAAAAAAAAGUGUAAUUUGCAAUGCAUUCAGAUACAUGUAUUUGAACAUGUUUUCAAUUGGUUCAAAAUUUAUGUUAUCUAAAAGAGCUUUCUGUUGUGACUCGUGAAGCACUGUGCAAAUGAAAUUUGAAAUAUUUAUGGAAAAAAAAUUGAGUGCCAAGACACAAAUGAGAGUAGAGAAUAAAUGUGUAAUAAUGUAAAUUGUACCGAGACUGACAAACAAGCAUAUAUAUACAGUCAAACCUUAUUAAUUGGGACAUUUGUGUUCCUAGGCAAAUUGUCCAAAUUAAUAAAGCAUUCUACAUGAAUUCAAAUGUUGAAGGUUCAUUGCAUAUGUUCAAUUAAUUUUAAUAUAUUGCAAUUACAACUGAAUUUUUUUGUAAUAAAGUGUGUUGCUGUUAACAGAAUAUUUGUGAUUGAUUAAAUCAUGGAUCUGUUGAAAAUACAUCGGAUACAUGAGUAGAUGCUUUAAGUUGUAUAUUAUAUGUAUGGUUCAUAAAUUUUUUUUAGAGAAUUCCAUAUGAAUGGCAUUACACUCACGAGAAUCCUGAGUUUUAAUUUUCACUCUGUAUACAGGUCUGAUUUGGGUUUUAACUUUUCAUUUUUGUCCCUGAAUAGUUUUUAAUCAGACCAAAUUUAAUAUUUGUUGUUACUGUGAUUUAGUUUUUAAUGUUCAACCUUAAUUUAAUUGUCUGUUCUUCUUAAAAAGUUGUAGAGAUAAUACAUGUAUUUAAUAACAAUGAAGCAAAAUGUACCAGUUGUUACAGUAAUGAAAACUUUUGUACAUAAAACUCGAAAUUUUUAUAUUU